CUCUGAUACGCAGUACAUUUGAAAUUAAUUUCAUGUGUUGUUGUGUUGUUUACUGUUUUGUUGUCAUUUGUGGAUUAGACGAAAAGUUAUUUGUAGUGUUUGAGGGAUACUGUGUUUUGUUGACAUUAUGUGAUAUCUAAUUCCAAAAUUAUCCGACAUGAGCGACAGUUCCGUCAUCUCCACACUUAUAGCUAAAUUAGUGUCAGGUGCACAGAUCCUUGAAAAGUUGGAGAGACCUCUAGAGUUCGAUGGAGACAUCCCAGAAAUCAAAGACAUAUCCAGUGAUGAAGAAUACAAUCCAGAUAUCGUUUUAGCACCAGAAUUGGAAAGUGAUGGUGCUUCAGAUACUGUGACUGAAAAUUGUGGGCAUGGGUUGGAAGAAAUCAGGGUCCGAGCUUUGAAUAGCUUAAUUUCAAAACUGGAACAUGGUUUAAUAAGUGAUGAUGAUCUGGGAGUGAGAAAGGAGUUGUUCUUUAAACUCUUGAACUGGUUUUACUUAAAACCAUGUGUUGAAAAAGAAAAAGUGUUGACAUUGAUGCUACAGUUGGUGAAGAUUGCCUGGGAAAGAGAUUCCUUAAUGUUAUUGGAAGCACCACUUUCACUUACAAGAUUGUAUGAAAUACAAACUGAAUUAGAAGCCCCUUUGAAGUCCUAUGUUGACCAAAUCAUCACUGAAAUUACAAGAGAGCGGGAAGACAGUGCCAAACUACAUGGUAUAAAAGAAACUGAACCAGAGAAUUUCACCCAAACCAAGGAGCAGAGGCACCCUGUAGGUGUACAGAGUACAGGAUUUUACCCUCUAGUGUAUCCAGUGAAUGUGGCAUCUGCAGAGUCUUUACUGGACAUAUUUCCACAUCUGCUGCUACCAUGGCAACCUCUUGUGACUACGGACCGUCAUGUUCUAAAAGCAGUGGAGGAAUCACUUACUGAAGCUUCAGAGCUUGUCUUAUUGUUGCAUUCGUGUUACUUCUUCACAGAUGUUCUCCUACAGGACUUCCCUUCAGAAGUUUUCCUGCAAAGACCAGCUAUUGUGAAGGUAUUUAUUGAACUAAUGGAGAACAGUCAAACAACAGCCAAUAAUGCCUUGUACUCAGCAACUGUCAAAUGCUUAUUGAAAGUUUCUGAAGAUCUUCUUGUACGUAUAAGGUAUUAUUGUGAUCCAUGCACAUCAAAUUUAAAAGAGAUAUGCACCAGCAGAGAGAUAGCAGUCAGUAGUACAUCCCUUGGAUCAGAAAGAACUUUGGACUCAGGUGACUAUUUGCAAAACAACAGCACAGUUACAGCAAAAAGAGGGAGACAAAUAGACAGAAAUGAGGAAAUACUCAGCAUUCAGGACCAGGAGAGAAACAAUAUCAGGCCUAGUAGUAAUACUGCAGCCACACCUGAGGGUGAAGAAGAUCCUUUAUUGGAGCAGCUGCAGCAGCUGAGUGUGCCUCAGUUCUGCACACUAGUACUUCAGGUGGCUCUUCAUCUCCCUCCAGCAGCUGAACUCUGUGGCUCUGCUGUUAUGCUCCUACGUGAAUGUGUUACUCCUCAAAGUUGGACGAGUCAAGACCCAGCAGCUACUCAUUUGAGGCAGGAUGUUCAUCAUUUGCUACACCAGUGUGCAAUUUCCCUGCAGCGUGUUUCAAAGUCAUUAGCAGCAGACUCGAAAGUUAUAUACUUGCAGCUGUUAUCAAUAGUGAGAAAUCUGUUGGUUUAUUUGAUACCUGUGGAAUCUGGUGACACAAUACCCAGAAACUUGAAGGAGCAACUGUUGCUCAGCCUUUCUGAUUUUUCAGUAAUGAACUUCUACCCAAAUCUGCACAAGGACAUCAAAAAUUACAUUUCGGUUAUCAGUGAUUCAGAUCUCCAAGCAGAACUGAAUUUACAACUGCAGUGUUCUGAAGUUUGCAAAUCAUUUGCAGCAGCAGUGACUGUUUUGAAGAAAUCUUACACAUUUAAGGAAGAACAAAUUAUUACAGUGUUCCGUGAUGCUUUGAAAGGCCUUGAAUUUCAUAAAAACUUGUCCUAUGUAGAUCUAUUCAUGGACAAAUGUAUCAGGAAGAUGCACAGGUGGUCUCUCACAGAAAAAUACCACAACAUCGUUGUUGAUACGACACUUGGGCUAUUAGCACAUUAUGAUAUGGAAGUACAGCAGGCAAUUUACGCAGGCUUUCAUCAACUGAUACUGGACGUUGUUGGUGUUAAUUACACCCCUAACACAUCUAGUCCUUUGUUAUUGAAGGUUGCAUUCCAUACAAAAUUUCUUACAGAAAUAAUUUGCUUUGGAUUAGCUCAUACUGACAGCAAGGUGAAACAGAGUGCAUCUGAGAUGAUAAUCCAUUUACUGAAGAGCAAGCUCAUUGUGAGUGAUGAUUGUUGGCAAAUAUUCCUAUCUGGUAUGCUUCCAAAUCUUCCAUUACUUCAGUGCUUUAUGGAGAAAGAAUCUGCAUUAGGACGCUGCAUAGUGGGUAUAUUUGAUCCCAGAAAGAGUGACAGUAUCAUGAUGCCAGAAAAUGAGGUCUUGAAAGCAAAUAUCCGUGCACUUUUUUGUGUUGAUGACUUUGUCAGAGAAGAUGCAAUUUCUUCUCUUACUUAUAUGCUAUCAAAGGAGAAUCAAUCAUUUGAGAAGCUACCGAAAUUGUCUUCAGUUAAUCACAGUGUUAUGAGAAACAUAUGCAUCAUUGAAAAGAAAGUGGAUCUUUCCAAAACAAGAACUGUUGAAGGUGUCUACCAGGUGGGCAGUCUGUGCCAAGUAAUGGAGCUUCUAACUAACACAAACAUUGAAGCCCGUAUUCGAAGGUCAGCCUUGACUCAGUUAAGUGUGAUGCUUGAAGACUCGAAUUUGCAGACAGUAUUCCUUGAUCAAGGAGGACUUCUUCCAUUGUUAAAUAUUUUUUAUAACUCAUUAAUAGAAAAGAACUACACAUACUUUCCUGAUUCAGUUGUUCCGAUAAUUAGUAUUUUAAAAAAUUUGUGCCUGAGACAUACCCGCAUCCGACAGGAACUUAGUCAUCAGUCGUCAUUACACUAUGCAAUACUACGAGGCUUGUUUCUCUUUGGCAGCGAUGACACAUUCCGUAUUGAUGCUGCAAUCCUGCUUUCUUUAUUGAUGUACAGUGAACAUAUAUUGUCUACUUGGCCUUGUGACUCCCCUCGCUCUGAUUCAAGUUUCUCUGUUCCUGAAAUUGUGGCCAUACGUAUGAGAUUACCUUUUAUAUGCAAAACUCAUUGGAAAGAAAGCCAUAACAGACAACUAAGUUUGAAAGGCGUUCUAAUGCAGAGAGGUGAGUUCAGGAAGUUGUUACGGCUAACAUGGUCUUCUGAGUGGUUUGGUAGCAUUGAAAAUUUGCUCAAGGAAAAGGAUACAAUGGAAGAACUACAAGAAUUGCCGUUCUGCUCAGAAUUAAAAGCAAAAGCAUUUGACAUGGGAGAAGUGCAGAUGUCAUCUUUUACUGUUUGCAAGCAGUAUAUGUAUGAUAUACAGAAUGCUACUACUCACGAGAAUGCAGAGACUGCCUUAUAUGGUCUUACACGAUACUUUAAUUUGCUGCUGCUCUUGCCUCACAAGGAAAGCAAAUGUAGAAUAGAUGAGCUUAAAGGGCUCCCUUGGACAGAAACAUUUUCAAGAUUUCUAUCAGCAACACCAGCAUCACCUGAAGAUGAAGAUUUACUUGCUACGAUUUUGCGGUUUUUCAAUCUACAUGCAAAGCUGCUUCUGUACUCGGGCACAGAUGGCUCUGCAUGGUGCAUUUGGCUGUCAGAUUUCUUUCGAGAGGAACGUCAGCCUCUUAUUGGACUUCUGAUGUUGGAUAUGACUAGUGACCAUGACAGUAGAGGAGUCCAGGUGGAGCUUUGUAACUUACUGUUGUUGCUGUACAGACAGUGCAGUCUGCUUGCAAAACAUUUGGAACCAAGAAAGUGGGCAGCAGUUAUUCGUACAAUCAUACGCAGCCUCCACUGCAGUGACACGCAGCAUUUCUACAAUCUAGCGUUCCUGAAUUCAAUGCUGAAUUGUCUUACACAAUUGACAAGUGUACAAGGCUGGUCUGAUUCUGUGUCUGAUCAUCUGAACUCAUUUGUGAGAUGUCUUGUGGAGCUUGUUAAGGCCUUUCAUUGUGGCAAGGGUGGUGAUGGGUCUGCUUCCUUCAUGGGCUUAAGCAUAUCACAGAGAAGUAUUGUGUGUCUCAAUCACACAAUUUCUGAACUGCAUAACUUUCCACCAAAGAAUGAAGACUGGCGUGAGAUGUUGACAUCUGCUAUGGGGGAGGAAGAUUUCUUGUGGCUUGCCUCUCUAUGGACAAGUAGAGAUCCAGUUCUUCGUGCAGGAGCUAUGCAGCUGCUGGCUGGACUAAGCUUAAAUCGUCAAGGAUGUAUAUUUCUGCUGCACAGGCUUCGCAAUUUCCUUGUGUGGGAAGCUUCCCUGGGCUUUUUGUUAGACCAUGCUGAAGCCAACAUUGUAAGAGAGCAGUCUGCAAUUGUACUAACAAAUCUGAGCAGCCAUAUACGAGGAAAAACAUUAGCAUCUAUUACUGCCCUAAAACAGGAUGCAGUAUCUAGUAUGCUAGAACUGCUUAAGGAAAAUAACUUCUAUAGGGAAGCAGGAAUUGUAAUAUCCAGACUGUUUUGUGGUGACAAAAUUACUCCAGGAGGAUAUGUUCCAGCACCAGUCGAGGCAUAUCAGCAACAGGAUGUUUCUGGUUCUAACCACCUCUUUGGCCAUUACCUGAUGAUAUAUGGAGGUACACCAUUGGCAGAAGGAUCAAGUAGUUGUUCAGAUGGCAAUGAGCCUCAUUUGCUCACAACACCUGGUCUAGUCAAGUCAUUGUGUUGGUUCAUACUGAACAUAGUGACAAUAAAUCCAGAGGAAACUUUGUGCGAAAUUAACCAUUGGGGACUUAUACGAAUUUUAUUGAGGAGCAUCAGUGAUGUACCAGCAUGUGGAGAUUAUCAGUGGAAUAAAACACUGUACAGAGAUGUUUUGGAGAUGUACACAGCAGUGUGCACUGUGUUAUCAACAUGUGUAUCACUCAAUUCCAGCAGCCAUGAUGUCGCUGUGCAUACACAUGGCUGUAUAAACACUUUAAUUGGUCUUCUGAAUCCCAGUGCAUACUAUGAGAAAGAAGAAGAGUUCCUGCAUCUUCGCGAUGAUUUGUGGUCCAAAGUGUUUCACUUGCUGUCAGCACUGGCUACAAAAUAUGAAGGAUAUAAGAUGAUUUUACAGGAAUUGUUGGAUUGUGGUGAAAAUACGUAUAUUUGUGCUCUGCAUAAGUGCCUGAAGAUAGACUCUCCUCCAGAUCUUGUGAGCAAUGCCCUUGGUUCCCUCACAGCCCUUUUGUCACAGGAAAUGGAAGAGCUGACCAAGGGCACUGAUAAUGUGAAGGCUACUGGCUGUGUAAGACUGCAAUCACUGCUAGAUGAAAGCAGUGAAGGAGGAGACUUAUGUUUGCUGCUUAUACAUGUGUAUGACACAGUUACAUUACAGCAGACCAACUGGAAUGUGGGACACGUGGAAAUAUGCACAGCCUUGGGAGGAUUGCUGGCAGUGUCUCAGGAAGCAACGCGCAUGGCAGUUGCUCGAGGACUCCUUGGCUCAUUACUGGCACGUCUGCGAGAUCACCAUGCCUUUCUGAGCCUAGAAGCAGUGGACAAUUUGCUGAAUAAGAGCAAUAAAAAAAAGCUUGCACCAGUGCUACGAGAUGUAGAAUUACUAUUAGAGCUCCUCACAAAUUUCCUGUUUGGCUCAAUAAAUGUGAAAUCAGAGGCAUCUGAAGCAGGAAUGGCAGAUCUAAUUCAUAAAAUGUGGGUUUGGUUUUCAUUUCAGUCAGCAUGUUUAUUAAAGGCUCUCAAACUGAUGUGUACAUUUACAACAGAUUGUGUUUCUGCUUGCAGGUCUUUGAUCUUAACAAGUACUGUUCAUGGUGUGGGUCUGAGGAAAUCACCAAGCUCCAUGUCUCUGCUCCACACAGUUGUGAAUUUAGUUCUUCAAGAAAUGUCAUUGACACCACAGUCCAGUAAUUUGCCACUGCUGAAAUUUGCUUUACAUCUUCUGAAAAAUGCCUGCCAAUCCCAGGAAUGCAGGACAGCAAUGAUUAAGAGCAAUUUGCUUCGAGGACUGACAUAUCUGCAUACACACAGCCGAAAACCCAGCACUGAGUUUGACUAUUUGCAGAAUAUGUGGCUUGAUUUCUUGACUGACUUUACGUCAUAUCCAGAAGGACAGAUUACAAUUUCCAAGGCAAAUGACUCAUUAGAUACACUUAUGGUAUUUUCUAAAACACUCAAAGAGCCAUGUCAGAUUAAAGCCCUAGAAGUACUUCGCAAUGUUACUUUCAGCCAUUCAAAUAGAGCUCGUCUGGUUGGGCAUGCUGAAUACAUAAAACUUCUAUUCAAUAAGCUUUCUGAGGGGAGCUUAGAACAAAAAUAUUUAGUUGUGCUAAUGGUAUGGGCUGUGACUGCUAACAAUCAGAAGGCUAAAAUAACCAUGAAAUCAGCUGGUAUAGCUACAAAAUUGCAAGACAUUGUGAAUCAGCUCAAUCUGUCAUGCCACAGUGAAGAAGAUGAGAAAAAGGCUGAUAUAUUUAGUUACGUUCUUAGUGUUUUAAAUGCUGAUGACAAGAAAAAUUUGAUGACUGAAGAUCUGUGAAGAAAAAUGGGUAUUAACUUCUAUGAAGGUACAGAUUUAAUCCUCAUAACUUGUGCACUGUGCACAUGCACCUUCUUCACCACAGAGAUGUAGUGGUACAUGUAAAUGUUGAUGAGAUUAUACCAUUUUUGAUCUUUUUUAUGAUUAUGAGAGUAUGUUUUACCUACUUCAUCUGUGAUAAUUGUUUUAUUGUGCUCCAUACUAUAAUGAUUAUAAUCUUGUUAAACAGGUAUUUUUAUGCAUUGUGCCAACAGUGUAAAGAGAUUGUAAUUUUCAUAUUUUUUAUAAAAUAAAAUUUCUUUUAUAAU